AUGGCAGAAAGUAGGCUGGGCUUCUCAGACUGGGGGAUUCUUGGAAAAUGGUGGCUUGGUAAUACUGACAGCUUGUAUAAACAGAAGGAUAACAACACCUUGACCUCAGGUAAACAUAAGACAUUUAGCUCAAAGGGCUUUGUAUUAUCUUUGGGGGUUUUAUCUGAAAAGGAACACUUCAUAUUUAAGGGGAAAUCAGUGGUUCAUGAUACAUGUUUGUGGUUGGAGAAGCAGGAAGUGAAUGCAGUUAGACCAAAAUGAAUGUGAUUUACUAAUGGAAAAUGGAUCUCUGAAUUGAUGUAGAUUGGCAUGUGCCUUCAUUAUUUUGUUUAUCUUUAGAAAAACUUGCUGGUGUAAUAGGAGGUCAAUGAUUGUAUUUAACGUACCCAGGAGACACACCCACUGGUCUUCCUGAUUUUUUUACUGCAUUGCAGGCUUGGGCAUGAUGAGUAAGAGCUAUGAACUAGGAUUAUAUAUGGUUUGUGUGUUUGGCCACAGCCACACAAAUCAGUUAGUGUAUACACACAGGACAACAGACACUCCCUUUCACAUGUGACCCAAAUGUAUGUCUCUGUGAGGUUUGAAUUUAGAAGCAUUCUCUAUGCCCUAUAAAUGAAUGAAACUCUGUACUUGAUUCCAACUGAUCGCUAAUAGCCAUAAAUAUGAAAAUGAAAAGAAAAAAUUGAUAAUGAAAGAAAUGCUUCUCUUAGAAAUACAUUGCCUCUCUUUUUCUCUCAAAUAAGAAAUAACAGUUCAUCUUGGCUUCUAAACCUAAGUAAUGAUUGACUUGUUGCUUACUACACAACUAGAGGCUUCGUGAGAGGUGUCACUCAGGAGUAUUAAAACUGUAACUUGAUACAUAAAGCUAAAAGACGCAAAGUGAUGACAUGCAUGUGUGGAAUGCAACUUGAGAACUAAGAUGCCCAAUUUUGCCAGCAGCAUUAAAAGUAAUACGAUUUGAAUUAUUCUGAAACAUGAUGGUAGAUCUCCCCCAUCUACAAGAGAAACUGAAACAGAAACUGUUCAGUUCAUUGACUACCCUCACACAACAGCCUGACACUGUUCUCUCUCUCUCUCUCUGUGUCAGAGUCUUAGAAGCUAACAGCGAUGGCUGAGGCCGGGCAGAUCAAGAAGACAGCGGUCAAGGUGUUGGGCUGCGUGGAGAAGGUCUCCUCCUUCGCCUCGUCCAUCGACCCCCUCUUCGGCAUCGUCUCCUCCCUGGUGGGGGUGGUGCGCACGGGCCUGGUGGGCGAGGAGGCGCACGCCCUGGACAAGGACUUCCAGGUGGUGCACAGCAAGUUGCAGAGCAUCUCAGUGAAAAACCAUCAGUGCCUGCGGCAGAUCCGUGUGGACGAGGUCAAUGAGACGUUUGGCAAGUAUGAGGAGUACAUCAAGCACCAAUAUGCCGCCUUCAGCUCCAUGGUGGCGCAGGUGAGGAAGGACCCAGAGGAAGCGCGGCGCCACAUGGCCAACUUCAAGCGGGCCUACGAGAGGGACAAGAGCAACCUGAGCCUGGACGUGUACUACCGGGGCGUCAUGGGCACCGGGUCGGUGUUUGGAAGGCCCCUGCUGAAGGUGUACCUGGAGCACUGCGACGGAGACCGCAGGGUCAUGGAGCACCGGUGCUCCCACCUGGGCCACCUGUUCCACAUUGGCCUGAUCGCUCUCAUGGCCUACACAGCGGUGACGGAGGACGACGAGGACGAGGUGCGGGAGAAGUGGGCCAAGCGCGUGGAGGACAUCCAAGCCAAGAUGCAGGAGGUUUUGAGCCAGUGCAAAGAGGAGGAAGAGAGGAGUCCGCCCUAA